AUGACUCAAAAGGUGAGCACGAUCAUCGAGGCCAUAGUUCUCAGUUUUAUCUGUGGAGUUUCCUCUUUAGGAAAUGCUACUUUAUUUUUUGUCUUCACUCGAAAGAAGCAUCUUCGCACCAUCUCCAAUGGUUUUCUUCUCAAUCUUGCAUUUGCUGAUUUACUCGUGUCCAUGUUAAACAUGCCUAUAACUGUGGUCACUAUCAUCAAAGAACGUUGGAUUUUUGGAAAUACUGCCUGCGUUUUCUUUGGAUUCAUCACGAUGCUUUCGUUUGUUUCAUCAGUGAUGUCGCUUGCUAUGAUAGCCAUUAACAGAUACUAUUACGUAGUACAGUGGAAGACAUACUCCAUCACCUUCACAACGAAGAAGUCGGCUUUGUUUGCCGCAGUCGUGUGGUUAAUAUCUGUGUUGUUAUCUGUCCCACCGUUGUUUGGCUGGGCGGAAUAUCGUUAUAUUCCCGGGAAAUCUUACUGUUUUGUAUCUUGGCCUUCUAAUGUUUUUUACAUGUAUUUCAUGAUGGUCAUAUGUUUUUGUGGUCCACUUAUCGCGAUGUCUCUCUCUUACUAUAAUAUCUUAAAGUUUACGAGGGAGGCUGCGCGGCGGGUAAAUCAACAAAGAGGUAACAUUCGUGAAAACGAAGAAUUAGGCACGGAAAGAGAACAUGCGGCCGUAAGCAUUUCGCGUCGUGAAAGAAAUAAAACGGUUUUCAAGAUGUCGCAAGAUGAAAUUAAGCUCACCAAUACUUUAUUAAUUGUUGUUGCCUGUUUCAUGGCUUGUUGGGCACCAUUUGUAAUGACCAUGUUUUUGGACGUUUACUAUUUAAACCCACUUCCAAGAGCGGUAGACGUGGGUACACUGUUGUUAGGUUACGCGAACAGUAUGUGCAACCCAAUGGUGUAUGGAAUAAGGAAUCCAGUUUUUAGGAGAGAACUGGCUAGCUUGUUUUCGUCAUGUACUACAAAUCGGACAGUUCAUGUAAGUCAACCAGUAGUUGCUUUUGCUGAGAGCAAGAAGUAACACUAACACUAAGAAUUAAAUAAUUACAUAGAAUUAUUCAAAUAUAAUUAGUGAAAGCAGGACAUUCGGAAUCACUGCGAAUAUCAACCAGAAAUUUCAGUAUAGUGACUCCUCAAAUUUUCCUCUAAAAGCAAACAUAUCAACAUAGUUCGACGUGAAGAGGCAGCCUUGAAGUGAAGCUGUGAUAUUCAUAUGGCUAUGAAAUCACAUUUAA